AUGUUUCCGGGAAGGAGAGGUGUCGAGGUGGCGUGUCGUGCGGGACCGUAUGACUAUGGUGAUGCUCUCCAAAAAUCGAUAUUGUUUUUUGAAGUUCAGCGGUCAGGGUAUCUCGACAAGAACCGCGUACCGUAUCGGUCUCAUUCAGCAAUGGGCGACAAAGGUCGGGCAGGUGAAGAUUUGACAGGUGGCUGGUACGAUGCCGGGGAUCAUAUGAAAUUUGCGUUACCGAUGGCAUCGUCGACAACUAACUUAGCAUGGGGCAUGUUGAUGUAUAAAGAAGCGUACGAACACCUUCAAAUAUGGGAUGAAGCUCUUAUUCAGUUGAAAUGGCCGUUAGAUUACUUUAUUAAAUGUCAUGUGACACGCGAAGAAUUCUAUUUUCAGGUUGGUGAUGGAGAUUUGGAUCACGCAUACUGGGGGCGCCCUGAACAAAUGGAUAUGGCAAGGCCAUCAUACAAAGUAGACAAAGAUACACCAGGUUCCGAUGUUGCUGGCGAGACAGCAGCUGCAAUGGCUGCUGGGUCUGCGAUUUUCCAAGAAUCUGACCCUGAAUACGCCUCCACACUAUUACAACAUGCUAAAGAGCUGUUUGAGUUUGGAAUGACAUACCGAGGUACAUAUCCCAACAUGGGAUUUUACGGGUCAUCUAAUUAUGGAGAUGAGCUUGCCCUAGCUGCAUGUUUUCUGUACAUCGCCACCAGUGAUUCUGUUUAUUUAAAUGAAGCUGAAAAGUUGUACAAAGAGUUCAAUCUUCAUGAACUUGCCUGGUCUUAUUCGUGGGAUGAAAAGAAACCUGCAGUACAGUUGUUGCUGACUGGUCUGACGGGAAAUUCAGGGUAUGACUAUCAGACUGACUUUACAUCGUUCUUAAAUGAAUGGUUGCCAGGUGGUAGUAUUCCUUACACGCCGAAGGGUUUGGUUUAUCGUGAUCAGUGGGGACCACUCCGUUAUUCAGCUAAUGCGGCAAUGCUUGGUCUGAUAGCCGCGGAUUAUGGAAUACGUCAAUCAGCAUACCGAGAUUUUGCAUACAGUCAAAUUAAUUACAUGCUUGGUGAUACUGGGAGAAGCUACGUGGUUGGGUUCGGAAAUUCCCCUCCUCAAAGACCUCAUCACAGAUCCAGCUCCUGUCCUGAUUAUCCUGCAAAAUGUGACUGGGCACAAUACUCAAGUCCAAGUCCAAAUCCACAAACAGCCUUUGGUGCAUUGAUCGGAGGCCCUGACAUAAAUGAUAAUUUCGUGGAUGACAGAACAGAUUUUCGAUCUAACGAAGUGGCAUGUGACUACAAUGCUGGAUUCCAAUCAGCACUUGCUGGUAAAGUACGGUUCUUCUGGACAUCAAAGGUAAACUUUCAUAUACUCAUCAAAGAAUCCCACACAGAGCAAACACCUCAUGUAGUAAUUGUAGUAGUGUUUAUUUGA